UUUCGUCGUUUUCCUCUUAAAGAUUGUUAGCCUUUUUCCAUCAACGUUGGUUUACACGCUUUCAAAAUAAUUUCAAUUGGGUUUCUCCGCAAGAUUCCUUUUUUGGGUUUCUUUAAUCUUUCAUUUUUUUUUUCGGAUUAUCAAAUUUCAAUAUGUGUGAUUGUAUCAUUGAUUCUGGGCAUCAAUUUUGUGUUUGUGUAAUGCGUUUCCUUACAUUUAAGAUGAUUAUGUAGAUUUUGUAUACUUAUAAAAAAGUUGAUUUGGGGAUUAAUGAAGAGGGCAUGUUAAUAAUUGAUGAAGGAUGAUAUCUGCACACAUUUCGUUUGCUUCUAUGAGCCAAAUCGUAUGUUUUAUGUGGCUUCAUAAUGGUAUUGAAGGAUUUCUGUGAGAGGAUUGUUGCUGCAAAAUGUUCUUCUAAAAGCUCAACCGAGGCUGUAGAUAGUACUCAGGUGCCCGCCUCAUCGAAGGCAGGGUCUAGUGAUAUUCAUUCUCGAAAUAGUGGGUGGGCAGCUGCUGUGAGGAGAGUCAUUAGUGGCGGCUCAAUGAGAAGAUUUCAGGAGCGUGUACUAGGUUCAAGCAGGACUGACGUUUCGAGCUCUGAUGGAGAUAUAUGGCUUCUAGGUGUCUGUCAUAAAAUUUCACCGCAUGAAUCAACCGGAGACGUAGAUACUCGUAACGUGUUUGCAGAAUUUGAGCAAGAUUUUUUCUCAAAAGUAUUAAUAACUUACCGGAAAGGUUUUGAUGCAAUUGAAGAUUCAAAGUAUACAAGUGAUGUUAAUUGGGGCUGUAUGCUUCGAAGUAGUCAGAUGCUUGUGGCUCAGGCAUUAAUUUUUCAUAAAUUAGGUAGAUCGUGGAGAAAAACUACCGAUAAGCCAGUUGAUAAAGAAUAUAUUGACAUCUUGCAACUAUUUGGUGAUUCGGAGGCUGCUGCUUUCUCUAUCCACAAUCUUCUUCAAGCUGGUAAAGGUUAUGGUCUAGCUGUUGGGUCAUGGGUGGGACCAUAUGCAAUGUGUCGUACAUGGGAAGUUCUAGCUCGAAACCAGAGGGAGAAGAACAAUCAAGGAGAAAAGCCACUUCCAAUGGCUAUUUAUGUUGUUUCUGGAGAUGAAGAUGGGGAGCGGGGUGGAGCACCAGUUGUCUGCAUUGAUGAUGCCUCCAAACAUUGUUCCGAGUUUUCAAAGGGCUUAGUUGCUUGGACACCUCUACUUUUAUUGGUUCCUUUGGUUCUUGGACUUGAUAAAGUCAAUCUAAGGUAUAUUCCAUUAUUGCAGUCAACUUUUAAAUUUCCCCAAAGCCUUGGAAUCUUGGGUGGAAAACCAGGUGCUUCAACAUAUAUUAUUGGUGUUCAGAGUGAUAAGGCAUUCUACCUUGAUCCACAUGAUGUUAAGCCGGUUGUUAAUAUUACUGGGGAUGCUCAAGAGCCUAAUACGUCAUCGUAUCACUGCAACAUUAGCAGGCACAUGCCCCUAGAUUCUAUUGACCCAUCUUUGGCUAUUGGAUUUUACUGCCGAGACAAAGAUGAUUUUGACGAUUUCUGUUCCCGGGCUAUUAAGCUUGCAGAAGAAUCAAAUGGUGCACCAUUAUUCACGGUAGCUCAAUCCAGGAGUCUCUCAAUUCAAGUUACAAGUAGUUCUGUGUCAGGUGACAACACUAUGUUUGACGAUGAUUCUCUUGGUACGAACCUCGACAACGAUGCAGGCACCAAUGAGGAUGACUGGCAAUUCCUAUAAAUCCUGCAAUAUACAGUAUGGAGUUAAGUAGGGGAUUGUUGCUUGAUUCUCAAGACUAUUUACCACUGGCGAGUUUGGUUGAUGCUCGUCUUCAUACUCGCACUCUCGAAACGUUGUUUGGUAGCUUGUAGGAAUUUAAACUCAUUGUGAUUCUUUGGCUUAAAUUGCUUAGACAUUUGUUGAUAUGGCUAACUAGGUAUUUAUUGUACAUUAAACUAGUUCGUUCAUAUUUGUUGAUGUAUCCUUUUAUUGGCUACAGAAUUGUAGCGGAUAUUAUUAUUACCUUGGCAAUGUCAAAUAAGUGGUAGAGUGGUUCAUAUUGA